AUGACGAGAACGCCGUGCUGCGAAAAGGCGGAGGUUCGAAAGGGGCCGUGGACGCGAGAAGAGGACGAGUUGCUCGUGAAAGCUAUCAAGGAGCAUGGCGAGGGGAACUGGAGCGCAAUCCCCAAGAAAGCUGGGUUGAUCCGUUGCGGGAAGAGUUGUCGCCUCCGAUGGGCCAAUUACCUCCGUCCCGACUUGAAACGCGGCGCGUUUUCGGCGGAGGAGGAGGCGCUGAUCGUGCGGCUGCACAAGGAGAUGGGCAAUCGAUGGGCCAAGAUCGCCCUAGAGCUGCCCGGACGUACGGACAACGACAUAAAAAACCACUGGAACACGAGAAUAAAGAAGAAGCUGCGCGAGUCGGGGAUCGAUCCCGAGACGCACCUCCCGCUAGCCACGCGCUUGGCAGAUGGGAUGGCUCUUCAUGCAAUCAAACGUCCACUGCCCGCAACAACUAUGCCUAUGGCAUCGGCCUAUCCGCUCCCGCCUUCGAAGAAACAGUGCCUCGAGCCUUCCGCAACCGCAGCAGUUCCCGCUUGCGCCAUUUCCCCGCCGCACGCGCAAGCGCAAGCGCCGCUUUGCCCGCCAACUGCUUUCGCGGCCGAGAUCGUCAGUACCGCUGAUGAGGUGAAAGCGGAUCUUGCUCUUCUUCAAGUUGGGAGCGCGUCUGCGCAAGCUCAGCGCGGAAUGGGCUUCCGCAGCAGCAGCUGCAGCAGCAGUGACGAGGACGAGGAGGGUGAUAGCGACGCCGAUCUCACCGCGUUCGACCAUCUCCCUCAACCACUCAGCGACAGCCACCUGACGCUCCACUCCGUCAUGGACGGCUCAGAUUCGCAGCGGCUAGGAGGCGCGAUGAGCAGAUGCGAGGGUCUAGGAUCCGCGGGAGUGGGCAGCGGCGCAGCAGCAGCAGGGGAAUUGGUUCCCAUGGCGCUGGUUUCCCCACCUCUCCCCGGCACCGUCCCCCUUUCCUCAGGCGCUCUAGAUGGUCUCACACUAGAAAUGGACGAAAGUAUUCACAUGGGGUUGGGAAGGGAGGAGAUGGAGGGUGUUGUGAAGGCAGAUCUAGGGGAAGACGGGGGGGAGGAGGACGUGGGGUUGGAUGCGGCCAUGUGCCUGUCUCCAGAGGAGUUUGACUCGUUUGACUUGGGUCUGCCGCCCGGCGUGUGCCCCUCCCCCAUGCCUGGAUUCACGGGCAGUAUUUUCAUCCAUGCUGCUGUUACCACUCCUGUUGCCGCUUCUGCCUCUGCCGCCCCUGCUGCCACCCCUGCUUCUGCCGCCCCUGUUGCCGAUUCAGGGAUUCGCUGUGGCCAAUAG